UUUGAAAUGGUUCUUCAGUGUCAUGUUUAGAGGAGAUCAGAAAUGGCGUCGAAGCUAACUCCAAAGCUCUUCUCAUGGCUGAUUCUGCCGACGUUGCUUCUCAUUUUCCUCUACUCUUUAUCCCUUCCUCUUUAUGCUCCUACUUCUCCAAAACCCAAAAUUCCCAUCUCACCUUCUUGUAAUCUCUUCAAAGGCAAGUGGGUCAGCGACCCGAAUCGCAGACCCAUUUAUGAUGAGUCCUGCCCCUUUCACAGGAACGCCUGGAACUGUCUAAGAAACCAAAGAGAGAACAUGGGUCGGAUCAAUUCUUGGAAAUGGAUGCCCGACAAGUGUGAUUUAACUCGGAUCGACCCAGUUGGGUUCUUGGGUUCAAUGAGGAACAAGAAUAUUGGAUUUGUUGGAGAUUCGUUGAAUGAGAAUUUCUUGGUUUCGUUUUUGUGUACUCUUAGAGUGGCUGAUUCAUCUGCAAAGAAAUGGAAGAGAAAGGGUGCUUGGAGAGGAGCCUAUUUUCCAAAGUUCAACGUUACCGUGGGUUAUCAUCGUGCUGUUUUGCUUGCGAAAUAUGAGUGGCAGCCAAAACAGCUAGAUGACUCCAACCAAGAUGGAUUGAAGGGAAGAUAUCGAGUAGAUGUUGAUAUUCCAGCAGAUGAUUGGGCUCAUAUUGGUGCCUUUUACAAUGUUCUAGUCUUCAACACUGGUCAUUGGUGGGGCUUUGACAAAUUCCCUAAAGAGACACCUCUUGUUUUCUACAAGGCAGGGCAACUGAUUCAACCUCCAUUGGAGAUGUUUGAUGGACUUAAGGUUGUUCUCGAGAAUAUGAUUGCGUUCAUAGAAAAAGAAUUACCAGAGGAAACACUUAAAUUUUGGCGCUUGCAAUCACCAAGGCACUUUCAGGGUGGUGAUUGGAAUCAAAAUGGUAGUUGCACAGUGGAUGGACCCCUUGAUGAACUUCAGCUUGACCUGUGGUUUGAUCCCAGAUAUAAUGGGGUUAACAAAGAAGCAAGGCGACUAAAUCAUCUGAUCGAAGAGGUCUUAAAAGGCACAACUAUCAGAAGCCUCGAUCUGACUCACUUGAGUGAGUUCAGGGCAGAUGCCCAUCCUGCAAUUUGGUUGGGGAAAAAGGAUGCAGUGUCGGUCUGGGGUCAAGACUGUAUGCACUGGUGCCUUCCUGGUGUUCCAGAUACAUGGGUUGAUAUCUUGGCUCAGCUAAUCACUCCUCAUAUUUUGGAGACAGGGUGAUCAUUAUAGAUGGUUGCAAAGCUUCCGUGAAUCAUUUGCAACUGAGCUCCUGAUACAUCAAGAUGUGGGCUUUUUUGACAACAAUCACAAACUUGCUGAUCUGAAGGAGAUGGUAGAACCAGUUCAUUAUUUUGUGUUCUUUCCCUUACAUUCUUUCUAUCAUUUGGAGGGGUAGGGGUU